GCGAGACGACAAAAAGAUCAAGAGCUGUUUUCAGAAUUCAGGGGAAGGGAAUCAAAACGCUGUAUCAUCAUCAUCAGCAGCAGUUGUAGCAGCAGGGAGCCGGGGCAAUGGGAGUGGAGAAGCAAGUGUUGAGGGCUGGAACUGGUCCCAAACCUGUUCCUGGUCAGACCGUCACCGUCCAGUGCACAGGAUUUGGUAAAAACGGUGAUCUCUCUCAGAAGUUUUGGAGCACAAAGGAUCCUGGGCAGAACCCUUUCUCGUUUAAAAUUGCGCAAGGUUCGGUUAUUAAAGGAUGGGAUGAAGGUGUGAUGGGUAUGCAAGUGGGAGAAGCUGCUCGUCUUCAGUGCUCUCCUGAUUAUGCAUAUGGCCCUAAUGGAUUUCCAGCAUGGGGAAUACUGCCGAACUCAGUUUUGGUUUUUGAAAUUGAAGUCUUAAGCGUGCAGUAAUCACCCUUUCUGAGUUGGCAACAAUAUAAUCAAUCAUUUGCCCACUCUUUACAUAACACAAUGGAUCAUCUUCAUAGCUUCCUGAUCUGUGAACACCUUUGGGGUUGAUAUAGUGAACUAUUUUUUUUUC